AUGGCUUCUACUGAAUCUACUGUGGGCCUAACAGUCCCUGCGACCAAACGGCGGCGAAUUGGCGUUUUGACCAGCGGCGGCGAUGCACCAGGAAUGAAUGGCGUCGUGCGUGCAGUGGUCCGGAUGUCCAUUCACUGUGGCUGUGAGGCGUAUGCGAUCCAUGAGGGCUACGAAGGCCUGGUCCAAGGUGGCGAUCUGAUAAGGCGAAUGCACUGGGAAGAUGUUCGAGGCUGGCUGUCGCGUGGCGGCACCCUGAUCGGCUCAGCACGAUGCAUGGCAUUUAUGAAGAGAGAGGGUCGUCUGCAGGCCGCGAAGAACAUGGUCAUCCGGGGGAUCGAUGCGCUUAUUAUUUGUGGAGGCGAUGGCAGUUUGACGGGCGCCGAUGUCUUCCGCUCCGAAUGGCCAGGCUUACUAGACGAAUUGGUAGAGAAGGGCGAGCUCAAUACCGGCCAGAUCGCCCCCUACAAAUCACUGAAUAUCGUGGGAUUGGUCGGCUCAAUUGAUAAUGAUAUGUCGACUACAGAUGCUACGAUUGGGUGCUAUUCUUCGUUGCACCGCAUUUGUGAAGCUGUCGAUGAGGUUUUCGACACCGCCGCUUCCCACCAACGUGGCUUCGUUAUUGAGGUUAUGGGAAGGCAUUGCGGUUGGCUAGCACUUAUGUCUGCCAUCAGCACUGGCGCAGAUUGGCUGUUUAUUCCAGAAAUGCCCCCUCGCGAUGGAUGGGAGGACGAUAUGUGUGACAUCAUUACUCAGAACCGACAAAGAGGGAAGCGUCGAACAAUUGUUAUCGUUGCUGAAGGGGCCCAGGAUAGAGCCUUAAACAAGAUUACGUCUGGCGCAGUGAAAGAUAUCCUGAGCAACAGAUUAAAACUCGAUACCCGUGUCACUGUUUUGGGACACACACAAAGAGGUGGUGCUGCAUGUGCUUUUGACAGAUGGCUCGCGACUCUUCAGGGCACUGAAGCUGUGAAGGCCGUUCUUGAGGCUACAUCGGAUUCUCCAUCGCCCAUUAUCACCAUCCGUGAGAACAAGAUCGAAAAAAGCUCCUUGGUAGAGGCCGUUGAAGCCACAAAGAAAGUCUCAAAAGCGAUUUCUGCACAGGACUUCGAAACAGCCAUGCAGCUUCGGGAUUCUGAGUUCAAAGCUUACCAUAGAGCUUAUAUCAACACGACUACUCCGCACCAUCCCAAGAUGCUUUUGCCGCAGGAAAAGAGAAUGCGGAUUGCAAUUAUCCAUGUCGGUGCCCCCGCGGGUGGUAUGAACCCGGCUACACGGGCUGCCGUUGCAUAUUGCAUUGCGAGAGGCCACACCCCGGUUGCCAUUUACAAUGGAUUCCCCGGUCUAUGUCGUCAUCAUGCCGAUAAGCCGUUAGGUUCAGUUCGAGAGGUAAACUGGCUGGAAUCGGAUUCGUGGGUCAACGAGGGUGGUUCCGAGAUUGGAACAAAUCGCGGCCUCCCAUCUGAAGAUAUGCCAACAACGGCGAAGUGUUUUGAACUUUACAAAUUCGACGCACUAUUCAUCAUUGGAGGGUUCGAAGCAUUCACAGCGGCGAGCCAAUUGCGAAAGGCAAGGAAGGACUAUCCGUCAUUGAAGAUCCCGAUCGUAGUUUUACCAGCUACGAUAUCGAAUAAUGUCCCCGGCACAGAGUACUCGUUGGGAAGCGAUACUUGCUUGAACACGCUGGUCAACUUUUGCGACGUUAUCCGCCAGUCUGCCUCUUCCUCGCGUCGUCGGGCGUUCGUCAUAGAGACACAAGGAGGCCGAUCAGGCUACAUUGCAGUGAUGGCUGGAUUGGCCGUUGGUGCAUAUGCAGUGUAUAUCCCCGAGGAGGGGAUCAAUAUCAAGAUGCUAGCUCGCGAUAUCGAAUACCUUCGCCAUAAUUUCUCGAUCGAUCGAGGAGCGAGCCAUGCCGGAAAGAUCAUUCUUCGCAACGAAAAAGCGUCGGCCACGUAUACCACGCAAGUAAUCGCAGAUAUGAUCAAAGAGGAAGCUAAUGGUCGCUUCGAGUCCCGCGCCGCCGUUCCUGGCCACUUCCAGCAGGGUGGAAAGCCGUCACCGAUGGACCGCAUCCGCGCUCUGCGUCUCGCUCUGCGCUGUAUCCAGCAUCUCGAAUCGUUUUCCGGCCAGAGCCCCGAACAAAUUGAAGCCGACGACAUGUCCAGCGUUGUCAUUGGCAUCCGCGGGAGCGAAGUUGUAUUCAGCCCCAUGUCUGGCGAGAAGGGUCUCGAGGAGACAGACACAGACUGGGAACAUCGAUGCCCAAAGAACGAGUUCUGGAUGAAACUGCGCCAUCUGGUGGACACGCUGAGCGGCCGGCCCUCCGAAACCAAGAGCAGCAAGUUCAGAUUAGGUGAAGAUGAGGGAUGGGAGUCGGGAGACACAUCUGACCCCUGUCAUUGGGCUAGUCAGCCGAAGUCGCGCGAAUAA